GCGAGCGGAACAGGCGGGCGGACCGCGGGCUCCGGGCAGAGCCGGGUCCUUGUCCCGCGGGUGGGCGGCCGGCAUGGAGCCCAGCCACCUCCCUUUGUGUGCCCAGCGCGGGCGUGCCGGGCGGCGGGGCGCUGCCUCCUGAUGCGGCCGGCGGGCGACAGCAUGACCCCGAGCCUCCUCUCCCUGCUGUCGCGGGACCUGUCCACGCUCUGGCUGCUCCUGAAGACCCGCACAGAUGAGAUCAUGCACCACGACAUCAGCCCGCUCUGUGCCGCCGACAUCCGGGACCAGCUGCAGAAGCGCUUCGCUUACCUGUCAGGCGGGCGGGGCCAGGACGGCAGCCCGGUCAUCACCUUUCCCGACUACCCGGCUUUCAGCGACGUCCCGGACCAGGACUUCCAGAAUGUCAUGACCUACCUCACCAGCAUCCCCAGCCUGCAGGACGCUGGCAUCGGGUUCAUCCUGGUUAUAGACCGCAGGCAGGACAGAUGGACCUCGGUCAAGGCAUCCAUCCUGAGAAUAGCGGCGUCCUUCCCCGCAAACCUGCAGCUCGUGCUCGUCCUGCGGCCAACCGGGUUCUUCCAGAGGACACUCUCCGACCUCGCCUUCAGGUUCAACAGAGAUGACUUUAAGAUGAAGGUGCCAGUCAUAAUGCUGAGCUCAGUCCCAGAACUACACGGCUACAUCGACAAGUCCCAGCUGACGGAGGACCUGGGCGGGACGCUGGCCUACUGCCACUCGAGGUGGCUCUGCCAUCGCACGGCCAUCGAGAGCUUCGCCCUCCUGGUCAAGCAGACGGCACAGAUGCUGCAGGCCUUUGGGACCGAGCUGGCCGAGACGGAGCUGCCCAAUGACGUGCAGUCCACGAGCUCCGUGCUCCUUGCCCACACGGAGAAGAAGCACAGAGCCAAGGAGGAUAUGAAGCUGGCGCUUGUCGAGGGGCGGCGCGUCCUGGAGAGCAUUCGCGAGCCGCUGGCGCGAAGCCCAGAGCAGAGCCCCAACCAGGACCAGCUGGACAGUCAGAGCACCGUGCAGAGGCUCCUGGCCCAGCUGAACGAGACCGAGGCCGCCUUUGAUGAGUUUUGGGCAAAACAUCAGCAAAAACUGGAGCAGUGCCUGCAGCUUCGGCAUUUCGAGCAGGACUUCCGAGAGGUGAAAUCGGCCCUGGACGUGCUGGCCCAGAAGGUCACGACCUUCACCGACGUGGGCAACAGCCUGGCACACGUGCAGCACCUCCUGAAGGACCUUGCCAGCUUCGAGGAGAAGUCCAGUGCCGCCGUGCAGCGGGCCCGCGCACUGUCCCGGGAGGGCGAGCAGCUCAUCGAGCGCAGGCACUACGCCGUGGACUCCAUCCGCCCCAAGUGCCACGAGCUCCGCCACCUGUGCGACCAGUUCGCGGCCGACGUGGAGCGGAGGAGGGGGCUGCUGGGCAAGUCGCUGGAGCUGCACGGCCUCCUGGAGGCGUCCAUGAAGUGGUGUGAUGAGGGCAUCUACCUGUUGGCAUCGCAGCCGGUGGACAAGUGCCAGUCCCAAGAUGGCGCGGAGGCCGCCCUCCAGGAGCUCGAGAGGUUUCUGGAGACAGGGGCGGAAAAUAAGAUCCAGGGGCUCAGCAAGAUCUUCCAGGACUAUGAGCCCAUCCUUACCAAAGACCUGCUGGAGCAUGUGCAGAGGGUCUUCCAGAAGCAGGAGAGCGUGGAGGAGAUGUUCCACCGCAGGCAGGCCAGCCUUAAGAAGCUAGCGGCCAAGCAGACGCGGCCCGUGCAGCCCGUGGCCCCCCGGCCGGAAGCGCUCACCAAGUCGCCCUGCCCCUCCCCCGGCAUCCGGAGGGGUUCUGAGAACCACAGUUCCGAGGGCAGUGCGCUCCGGAGGGGGCCCUACAGGAGGGCAAAGAGUGAGGUGAGCGAGGGCCGGCAGGGCCGUGGCGGCUCCACGGGGGACGAGGAGAGCCUGGCCGUCCUGCGGAGGCACGUGAUGAAGGAGCUUCUGGACACAGAGCGGGUCUACGUGGAGGAGCUGCUGUGCGUCCUGGAGGGCUAUGCUGCAGAGAUGGACAACCCUUUAAUGACUCAUCUCAUCUCGACUGGCCUUCAGAACAAGAAGGACAUCCUGUUUGGAAACAUGGAAGAAAUUUACCACUUUCAUAACAGGAUAUUCCUGAGGGAGCUGGAGACCUACACGGACUGCCCGGAGCUGGUUGGCAGGUGCUUUCUGGAGCGGAUGGAGGAGUUCCAGAUCUACGAGAAGUACUGUCAGAACAAGCCGCGCUCCGAGAGCCUGUGGAGGCAGUGCUCCGACUGCCCCUUCUUCCAGGAAUGCCAGAAGAAGCUGGACCACAAGCUGAGCCUCGACUCCUACCUGCUGAAGCCGGUCCAGAGGAUCACCAAGUACCAGCUGCUGCUCAAAGAGAUGCUGAAAUACAGCAAGAGCUGCGAGGGCGCCGAGGACCUGCAGGAGGCCCUGAGCUCCAUCCUGGGCAUCCUCAAGGCAGUGAACGACUCCAUGCACCUGAUCGCCAUCACCGGCUACGAGGGGAACCUGGGCGACCUGGGCAGGCUCCUCAUGCAGGGCUCCUUCAGCGUGUGGACCGACCACAAGAGGGGCCACGCCAAGGUGAAGGACCUGGCCCGCUUCAAGCCCAUGCAGCGCCACCUGUUUCUGCACGAGAAGGCCGUGCUCUUCUGCAAGCGGCGGGAAGAGAACGGCGAGGGCUAUGAGAAGGCGCCCUCGUACAGCUACAAGCAGUCCCUGAACAUGACGGCCGUCGGCAUCACGGAGAACGUGAAAGGAGACGCCAAGAAGUUCGAGAUCUGGUACAACGCCCGGGAGGAGGUGUACAUUGUCCAGGCACCCACUCCUGAGAUCAAGGCUGCCUGGGUGAGCGAGAUCCGGAAGGUGCUGACCAGCCAGCUGCAGGCGUGCAGAGAGGCCAGCCAGCACCGUGCCCUCGAGCAGUCCCAGAGCCUGCCCCUGCCCACACCGGGCGGCACCAGUCCCUCAAAAGCGAGCACAAGAAACGUGAAAAAGUUAGAAGACAGAAAAACAGACCCGCUGAGCCUGGAGGGAUACGGGGGCCCGCCCCCACUGCCGAGGGUCCCCGAGAAGGGCCAAGAUGAUGUGGUCACUAGCUCCACCUCAGAAAGCUCUGCCCUUUCUAAAAAGCGCUUCACCCUGCAGAGCUUUGCUGCCCUCAAAGCCCAGAAAGCUUCUCCCACCAGUCCCGACAAAAAAGCUAAGCGACACCAAGUAAGGAGCGACCCCACGCCUUUCGGGUCACGAGGCUGGAGCAAAACGUCCCACCCGUCAGAGACACCUGAGGAUAACGACGGCUGGUCCAGCACCGAGGAGCCCGUCAACUCCUCGGACGCGGAGGAGGAGGGCAGAGUGGGCCCCGGGAAGCUGGUCCCCGGGAGGUACACCAUCGCCAGGCUGGAUGAGAAGGGGGCCCCUGACGCUCUGGCCCUGAGAAGCGGGGAUGAGGUGGAGCUGGUGCAGGAGGGAGACGAGGGCCUCUGGUUCGUGCGGAACCUGAGCUCCGGUGCCGAGGGCUGGGUGCCCGCCCGCAGCCUGUCUGCACUCCUCUGCCAGCGUGGCCCCGUGGGGUGCCUGAGCAGCCCAGAGUCCAGCGCGGGGUCCGCGGUGCUGAGCCCCUCGUCCAGCUGCAGCGAGAGCUGCACGGCCGCCCUCGCCGACCUGCAGGGGUAGCGCCACGGCCACCCUGCCCGCAGCACAGGGAGCUGGCCUCUGCUGGGGCCGCCUGCCCACGGAGCUGCGCCUGGAACCCAGCCCGCCGUGGCCCCCGAGGACGGGGCGCCUUCCCAGGCGCAGGGUGGACCCCCUAGGAAGGGGCGGACUGACCGAGCCGACGACAGACCUCGGGGGAAGGGCCCCAGCCACGACCGCGGCCGCCGCCUCGGCUUCUGACGUCCCUGUUUCCAACGGCAGGACUGUGCGUCCCGUGGAGCGGCGUCCACCAGAAGCGGCCAAGGCGCCGGCUGCCGGCUGGGGACGGGGGUGGGGAUAGUUGGUCUUUCACACAUUUUUUUUAAGCAGGGAUUAAUCCUACGGCCAUUUUUUUGUGGUACUUUGGCCUCUGAUCUUUACCAGGAAUCACUGUGUUUACAUGAAACGACAAUUUGAUACUGUAUUUGAUAGAAAACUAUUUUUUGUUACCGGGGUUUACGUGGCACGGGGUGGCUUGGGGGGCACACUCUUGGGGAACUCGGCAGCACUCUCUGAGCCCACCCGGCCCCAGGUGCAGGGGAGGGGUCCCCCGGGAGAAUCAGGCAGCGUUGCUACAGACCGGCAGUGAAAAUCCAAGGAAAUUCCUUCAUCUGUGUAGGUUAAUUUUCAAAAGAACAUGUAAACUAUAAUUUAAGAGGUUAACCUUUUCUACAGAAAAAUGAGGGGACUCCCGACUUUUUUAACGCUCUCCACUGAUUUGGGUAUUUUUACUGGUUUCACACGUGAAGAUGCAGUUUCCACAGCUGUCCCCGGAACCGACGCCGGGCCGGGGAAGCCCUGCGCUUGGCCGCCCCGGCCCCGGGUCCCACGUGGAAGUGCUGUGAGCGCAGGAGCAGAAUUUAUCUUAUUCUACUCAAGGCGAAACUGGAAAGAAAACUCUUCAGCUUCACUGUUUUCUUGUGUGUUUCAGAAACAAGUCCUGUUGUCUGGAAGUGGUUCUCUGUGUCUGGUCGGGGCAGACGUUUCUGUACGUGUGUGUAUAUGUGUUGAUGUGUGUGCGCACGCGCCCAGUGCGGGCGGUGUGUCUAUAGCCUCCAAGCUGCUGGCAGUGGGUCACUGUACGGCCCCCGAGCACCAGGCCGCUGCAGCCCCGCCGCGGGCCCCGGUCAGCGAGCAGGUCAGGCCUCUCUGAACCGCGUGGUAGGCGGCGGGCGAGCUCUGCGGCUCUUCGCUGAAGUGUGUAAGUUAUUUGGAAAAUGAUGAGUCACCUCAUUUACUUAAUAUAUUGACUGUUCAGACACCGUUCCUGCCGUCUCAGCCUGGGAUUGGCCCCGUUUCUGUGAUCUCUUCCUCAUAAAGGCACUUUAAAACUUCGUGUUUCAGCCACUGUUUUUUUUUUUUUUUCCCCUAAGCUUCUGAUGUAAAUGAAAUUUAAAAGUCAGAAUUCUUUAUUGUAUGGAUGGAGUUUGAAUAAAUAUCAGCAACUCUUGCA